AUGCUGACUGCAUUUUUAUUACUCCUGGUGCUCAGACUGAGUCGUAAGUAACAUUUUCUAAAGUGAAUCAGAUUUGUAUUUUUGAGUUUGAUACUUUAAAUUAUUCACUUAUUAUCUUUCGCUUUUGUUUAACACUGAUAUUUCCUCAUUUUGUUCAGGUUGCACAGCUGAUGAGAACUACGAGACAAAGACAGUCAGCAUGAAAGAUGGUGUGACUUUGUCGUGUCCUCGGGAUACCUCUUGGUUGGAAACAAAUUUAUUCUGGUUCAGGAUGGUUUCUGGAGGCACGCCUGAAUUUUUGGGAGGAACCCCGAGCUUUGACUAUGAAGAAGUUACUGAAACUUCUCACUUCACAGUAAAACAAGAACCUGAAAAGUUUGUCCUGACCAUCAAAGAAACACGGCUCAAUGAUACUGGACUUUACUUUUGUGUAAAACUGUGCCAACUUAACGUGACUUUUUUGAAGAGAACGUUUCUGAGGAUAAAAGGUAAAUAAAAUACACUUCACAGACUUUUUACUUCCUUAAAUUAUAUCAACCCUAAGUGAUAUCAGCAGAUAUAAUGUUCCACAUGAAAAUAGAUGUAAGAAUAAAUCUCAUAACUUCCAUUUACAUACCCUGACUUUAACUUUGAACUUUACUUGAAAUACUUCCUUGAGCAAAAUCUCUGUUUUUCUCUUUAAAAUCUAUAAUGACCAGGACCUGAUAUCACUGCAAUCGCUCAAGACAUUUCACCUGAUCCAGAAGACUCAAAGACUCUGCAGUGUUCAGUCCUCAGAGACAAGAGCAGCAAAACCUGUCCAGAUAAACCCAGAGUGUUCUGGUUCAGAUCUGGAUCAGAUGAUUCCCGUCCCAGUGUCAUUUACACUCAUGGAAACAAAAGUGAUGGAUGUGAGGAGAGUCCAGAGACUCCCUCUCUGCAGAGAUGUGUCUACAGCUUUUCUAAGACCGUCAGCUCCUCUGAUGAUGGGACUUAUUACUGUGCUGUGGUCGCAUGUGGAGAGAUACUGAUUGGAAAUGGAACAAAACUCACCUCUGAAGGUAAGUACAGUUCAUUUCAUAUGAACCAUUAGCAUUUAUUUCAUAUCUGAUCUGAUCCAUGUUUGGAAAAGUUAACCUAUUCAUCUAUUUUAAAGGAAUAAUGUGCAGUUUUAAACAAAAAUGUUGUCAUUUGAUAUGUUGUGCAAACAUUUAUCCAGAAUUUGAAAAGUUUUUCCACAAAAGUGAUUGUUGUAAAAUUUUAAAUCAACUGUAAUUUUUUACUGAAAUAAUUGUGAACCUCAAGUAUUUGCUUUAUUUCAGGAAACAACAUGCAGCAUUCGAAGACCAACAUAGCUCUCUAUCUGCUUUCAGCUGCUUUGGUUCUUUGUCUGUUUGUUAUAGUUUUUCUGGUUUGUACAAUCAGGACAAUUUCUUGCAAUGGUAAUGGAAAUUUUCUAACAUCAUUUAUCAACCAAAGAGUUAAUAUUACAGCUCUGUUUCAAUUGAUAGACUUUAUAUUUGAUUUGGUUUUAACACAGCGGCUGUUGAUCCGUGUGGAAAUGCUGCGACCUCCAGCACAGAUCAGCAAAGUCUGCAGGUGAGAGAUUGACAGAAAUGUUAAAAUACUGAAAGUCUUUGUUUCCGUUAAUUUUAAUAUCAGCCUUAUCAUUACAUUUCCUGGUGUAUAUCCUCAGAGAGAUGAGAGCUCACUGGUUUAUGCCGCACCAGCGUUUUCUAAGAAGAGGAAAACUGACAAAGGACCGAGAAGAAAUGUAAAACCAGCAGAGGACCAGAUUAUCUACAGCGGCGUCAGAACUGCUGCGACAGACUGA